AUGACUGGAACUCAUUCCGGCCAGAUUUAUCUUUUGAAUCAGAAAACCCUAGAAAUCAUAGGGAAGAAAGGGAAGAACAUCACAAACAGUGAAAGCACUGUUGAUCCAAUUAAGUAUUAUGAUAACAACGAACAUUUUAUUCGCGAUGGUAUCGGAUACCUUUAUCUCUUCCAUUUCCUCACUUUCUUCUCUUAUUUCUUCAUUCGAUUCUCCACUUCUCAGUUAUUCUCUCUUCAAUUCGCCGGAAGUUUCCUUUACCGUGAACUUCUAGCGCUUCUUGCUUUUUGUACAUUGGCCAUUGUCUAGAUGGUGAAAGAAGAAACUUGGGAGGGUUUUGUUGCAGAUAUGCUAUUAUUUGCUAAGGUUGUGUCCUUGAUCUCACGAUAUGUAUUUACACAACAGCCAGCCUACAUGGGAUUAGGUUCUUCAACUCAAUUAAUAUCCCUGCAGUGAUCUUUAUUGACUGAAGGUGGCACAUCAAGAUUUUGGCUGGUGGAAUUCCGUUCUUUGGUUUCAUCUACCUGCAUACGCACCAGCCGUAUUUUUCCUAAACUCUCCAUUGCCUUCUCAAACAAAAACAUAUUUUUUAGAGUAGUUGAUCUUUGGAUUUUCCCGAACACGGCUUCAAGAUAUGGAAUCUCUCUUGGAACACCUGAUCAACUCUCAACUUAUAUUUUAUUCGAGAAUGCAGAAGAGGUUUGUCGCUUUCCUGGGAUGAAUUGCGUAACUAAAGCUUCAGAUGUAAUGAAGAAACAUCUUUGCCGGCAUUUCGAACUCGAUAAACACCUCCUUGAUUAUGUUAGUUGCAAAUAACUAGGUAUUGACCAUGGUUCAUGUCAUUCCUUUUUAUUUUAUCAGCCAAAUUAUAGCCUGAAAGAAUUAAGAGUGUUGCCUUCCAAACCCUUGUCAUUGUAAUAAUCCUUAUUCUUCAAAAGAGUAUUAUACAGAAAAACC